GCAAUCGGGCCGCGACGCUAGAAGGUCACACGGGAUCUUCCAACAUGGCGGCGGCGGCGCUGCGGAGUGGCUGGUGCCGCUGUCCGCGGCGGUGCCUCGGCAGUGGAGUCCAGUUCCUUUCUGGCCAUAGCUUCCCCCACGGCUCAGCCUAUCAGAUGUGCCCGCCAGGCAGAGUGCCGCCCCUGUCCAAAUCGUAUUCUUCUGGAAGCAGAAAAGGCUUUCUGUCUGGCUUGCUAGAUAAUAUCAAGCAAGAGCUCGCCAAAAACAAAGAGAUGAAAGAAAGUAUAAAAAAAUUCCGAGACGAGGCCAAGAAGCUGGAAGAGUCAGACGCGCUCCAGGAAGCCAGAAGGAAAUAUAAAAGCAUCGAGUCGGAAACUGUGCGGACCAGCGAGGUGAUCAGGAAGAAGCUGGGGGAGCUGACGGGCACCGUGAAGGAGAGUCUUGACGAAGUCAGUAAGAGUGACUUGGGCCGGAAGAUCAAGGAGGGCGUGGAGGAGGCGGCUAAGACGGCCAAGCAGUCGGCCGAGUCCGUGUCGAGGGGCGGGGAGAAGCUGGGCCAGACGGCUGCCUUCAAAGCCUUGUCACAGGGGGUGGAGACGGUGAGGAAGGAGAUCGACGAGAGCGUGCUGGGGCAGACCGGGCCCUACCGCAGGCCCCAGCGCCUCAGGAAGAGGACAGAGUUUGCAGGAGAGAAGGUCAAGGAGGAGAAGGUGUUUGAGCCCAACGAGGAGGCCUUGGGGGUCGUGCUGCACAAGGACUCCAAGUGGUACCAGCAGUGGAAGGACUUCAAGGAGAACAACGUGGUGUUCAACCGGUUCUUCGAGAUGAAGAUGAAGUACGACGAGAGCGACAACGCCCUCAUCCGGGCGUCCCGGGCCCUGACGGACAAGGUCACCGACCUGCUGGGAGGCCUGUUCUCCAAGACAGAGAUGUCGGAGGUGCUCACGGAGAUCCUCAGGGUGGACCCGGCCUUCGACAAGGACCGCUUCCUGCAGCAGUGCGAGAGCGACAUCAUCCCCAACAUCCUGGAGGCCAUGAUUUCUGGAGAACUCGACAUUCUCAAAGACUGGUGCUAUGAGGCUACCUACAGCCAGCUGGCCCACCCCAUCCAGCAGGCCAAGGCCCUGGGCUUCCAGUUCCACUCCCGCAUCCUGGAUGUCGACAACGUCGAUCUGGCCAUGGGCAAGAUGAUGGAGCAGGGCCCGGUGCUGAUCAUCACCUUCCAGGCCCAGCUGGUGAUGGUCAUCAAGAACCCGAAGGGCGAGGUGGUGGAGGGCGACCCGGACAAAGUGCUGCGCAUGCUGUACGUGUGGGCGCUCUGCCGAGACCAGGACGAGCUCAACCCCUACGCGGCCUGGCGCCUCCUGGACGUCUCCGCCUCCAGCACGGAGCAGAUCCUCUGAGCCCAGGGCUGGGUCGUCCCACGGCAGACAGGGCGCCACCUGGGCCUCUGGAGCCAGGACUGCAGGACCGCCCAGGGCGCUGCCACGGUAGCUGAGAAACCAGGUGGACGAGGACUGGGCCCUGUGGUGGGGAGACGCUCCCGGAGUGCCGCGUGGGGAUGCUGGCGGCCAAGCGGCCCCCAGGCCAGGGACUUUGUCCAGGGGGCGGCGGGAUGGGGCCCCGGGCCUGGGUCGGCCAGGCCACGUGAGGUCCAUUUUGUAUUUUGCCAGUGCUCUUCUUCCCGCCUGAGAUCUGGAAAUAAUAAAACACCGAAGUGCGCAGA